UUCAUUCCUCUCUCAAAUAAGCGCACUUUCCACGAGAGAAAGGCACUGCGCUGGGUUCAGCAUUAUACGCAAGUCGUGAUGCAAACGCCAAGUUCCCACGAGGCCAGUUUUUCUAACAGAGUGAAAUGGUUCUACAACGCGUUCAAGAAAUGGCAAGUGAUAACUCUUCUCUUGGCAGCCCAAAUUGUGUACUGCAGCGAAGAAAGUUUCUUUAAGCUUGCCCCGAUUGUUAUGACUGGCUCAGGCGCUGUCUUGGGCAAAGUUAUUACUGUAGGUAACAGGUCCAUCGACACCUUUUUGGGCAUACCGUAUGCAAGACCUCCCGUUGGAGAACUUCGCUUCAGAAAGCCUGAGCGCGUCACGCCAUGGAAUGGAACAUACCAAGCAACGGCAGAAACCCCAGCCUGCUGGCAGACUACGCUGCGCUUUAUCGAGGGAGCUCCAUUGAACUACUCUACCAGCGCUUCGGAGGACUGUCUUUACCUGAAUAUCUGGAAGCGCUCGUCUAUCUGUCCAGCUUCAACAACCUGCAGUGACAAAAGACCAGUCGUCGUCUUCAUUCACGGCGGAGCUUUUCAGUGGGGCGAUUCUGCGCUCUUCGUGUAUGAUCCGGCAAAUUUUGUAGCGCUCUCAGACGUAGUGUUUGUGACUUUCAAUUAUAGAGUGAGCAUUUUUGGAUUUCUCUCUCUCGGCAAGCCUGAAGUGCCCCGAAAUUUCGGUCUCUGGGACCAACACCUUGUGCUGAGCUGGGUACGAGAAAACAUCGCUAGCUUUGGUGGCGAUCCAGACGAAGUGACCUUGAUAGGUCAAAGUGCUGGAGCAAUAUCGGUGGGCUUGCAGGCAGCCUCACCUAAGCGACAGGGUCUAUUCAAAAGGGCCAUCCUAAUGAGCAGUACUCCACUUUCAAUCAUUCUCGGCUUCUCGCAUAGGGGCGUGGGAAAAUUCAUUCACGUUGCGGGUGCGUUGGGGUGCUAUAAUUCGAGAAAGAGCGUCGAAGUGCAACUCGACAGUAUCAUGACAUGCUUACGCAAACUUGAACCAUGGUUUAUAAUACGUACCAUAGAAACACUGGAUCCCAAUAGCCAGGUAUUCGCACCUGAGUAUGGUGACGAAUUUUUUCCGGAACACCCACUUGCAGCGAAAACGUGGACGAAGCUUCCUUUCAAGCAAGUUAUUCUGGGAACCACGGCAGACGAGGGCACGAUUCUGCUGGACAACAUUCAGUACUCUUCCCCUGCAUUGAAGAAGCUACUGGCCACCGAAUACAGGCUGGCUAUGACGGUCGCCAUGCAGCCCCUCUUUGGGAUUUCCAUAUCCCGCGCUCGACCUAUUGUCGAAGCUUACUUCGGUGGACCCGACGUCCAGCACAGAAGUGAAAGUAUUGUUCGCAUUGCCAGUGAGCUGCUUGGUGACGGUGUGUUUUAUUGCCCUGUGAAACUGAUAGCAGAUGCCGCAGCUCGGCAAGGAAUCGACACCUAUCGGUACUUGUUCGCGCACAGGGCAUCACACAGUCUCUGGCCCAAAUGGAUGGGUGUCAGCCACGGCGAUGACACCCUGUACCUCUUAGGAUCGCUUCCUUUCAUGAAGGACAAGAGCCGCUACACCAAAGUCCUCGGCGAUGUGGGACGUAAAAGGCUUCAGCAACUCGACUAUACCCCAAAGGAAGAAAACUUCAUGCACCAAAUUGUGGCGGCCAUCAACUCCUUCGUCACCACUGGAAAGCCUCAGCUUCCCGUCUGCGGAAAGGAAUGGCCCCGGUACACUACGACGAAUCCUGCUGUGAUCCAGCUCCGUCCUGGAAACAUUUCCGAAGUGAAAGAAAAGAAAUACAAAUGUGAACUAUGGCGAGAAUAUCUUUUGAUGAAAUAGGUUUUGACUGAAAUAUAGCUUGCAUACCACCAGUCAUGUUGUGGUAUAAUUUAAACAAAUAUCUACAUUUCAUUGGGCAUAUGGUGCAAUUACGCUUCAUCAGGUAAAACCUCCCGAAGAAACGGAUAUUAGUCACAAAUGUUGCAAUGUCAAACAUCGUAACAAACAAAAUGCUGCAAAUGAAGCUUCCUAUUUUUGCUUUUUUGUAUAUGUGCUAAAAUUGCAUGUUGGAAAUUGCAAAAUUGUAGUACAUAUUACCACUGCGGAAGUAAUGCCAUCCAAUACACGAAGUAUACUAAUUUACUGAAAAUUCUGUGACCAUGAUGACUUCCGUUUAUUCCGUCACCGAAAUUUGCUGUGAAAUUGGCGGCUCUUACACCUACUUUCUUGCCCUUAAAAGCUUAGCUCUCGUACUGUGCAAAAAAAUUGAGACGUCAAUCUACUUUGUAGCACAUUUGGAGGAGGGAUUUCUCAAGACUGGCGCUAGCCCCAUGAGUUUAUUGAUUGCUAUUGAUUGAAAUUGAUGGACUGACGGAUAUAUCUUGACGUCUCAAACUAACACACUGAGGGCACUAAAUUACUUAAAAAGCACAGCACACAAACGUUAUUGCAAUACAAAUUUCCUAGGAGUCGACUUCAAGACUUCGCGCUGACAAUGAGAGCAUCACAGACACUGAGCCACUGCACCAAGCACCUCAUGACCACUGCUAAAUUCUCAUGACCUAAGUAGUGAUUGGCCUUAUCCGAAUCACUUAAUCAAGCAUGCAAAAAUACUCUCCAUCCACAUGAUGUAUACGGGAGGAUGUGUGUAAUCACACGUGCCAUAAAAACUUAGGUGAACGAACAAUUGGUGGAAUUUUGUUAUGCCACUGCUUGUUGCGAUUAGGAAUAUCCGUUUCUUUAAAUAAACUAUCUGAUGAGAUGAACUGCGCUAACUAUAUCCUCAGGGCAUUCCUUCCACAAUGAAGUGCGUGUGUGUCAAAUAAAAAUAAAGAAAAAACUGCGCA